UUGAUUUACACAUUUCAUAUUUUCAUACCACAAUAAUAUUCGUUGCUUCCUUUGUUUCUGAGCUAAAGCAACGACAAUGUCAAAGAAGCCAUCAAAACCCUCGUCCAGUCGACCCGGUGGCAUCCGGACCCUCUCCGAUUUGAACCGCCCCUCCGGACCCGAUUCCGACAGCGACUCCGACGCUCCCCAGGAGUAUUACACUGGUGGCGAAAAGAGUGGAAUGCUUGUGCAAGAUCCAAACAAGGGUAAUGAUGUUGAUGCAAUAUUCAAUCGAGCUAGGCAGCUUGGUGCUGUUGAAGGGCCCUUGGAAGUUCCUCGUCCAUCAUCAAGCUCAACAAGCUUCACUGGAACUGGAAGAGUGCUCUCUGGGGAUGUAGUCCCGUCUGCUCCCACUCCUCAGCAGCCUGAGACUGUUGUGCACAAUAUUGUGUUUUGGAGAAAUGGAUUCAGUGUUAAUGAUGGCCCUUUGAGGAGGUUGGAUGAUCCUGAGAAUGCACCUUUCCUGGAGAGCAUUAGAAGGUCCGAGUGUCCAAAAGAGCUUGAGCCUGAACAUUCAAAGACUCUUGUCCAUUGCAACCUAAUUAAGCGGGAUGAGAACUGCCCUGAACCGAAAGCGCGUAAGGUUGCAUUUCAGGGUGUGGGGCGGACACUUGGUGGCACCAGUUCUUCAUCUGGAGAACCUGAGCCAAGUAAUGCCACUUCUAAUAAUGCUGCACCUACACCUUCCAUGGGCCUGGUCGUUGACCAAUCAUUGCCCUCUACCUCGAUACAAUUGAGAUUGGCUGAUGGAACUCGCUUGGUUGCUCACUUCAAUAAUCACCACACGGUUGGUGAUAUUCGUGCCUUCAUUGAUGCCUCUAGGCCGGGGGGUUCCAGAACUUAUCAGUUGCAGACAGUCGGAUUCCCUCCUAAACAACUCACCGAUCAUGGACAGACAAUUGAGCAGGCAGGCCUUGCGAAUUCUGUUAUCAUCCAGAAAUCUUGAUUGAGCUUGUAAGGUUCAGACUAUACUGUUAAAUGUUACCAUAUCAACUCAAGAGUUUCCUUAAGUUACUGUUUACGAACCAAAUCUUCUUACCCCAGUUAUGAUUUGGUGUAAAGCACAUAACACUUCGACAUUAAAGUGUGUUGUCCUGAGAUAUGGUUGGUUUAGUAUUCUUGAUCUAAAUGCUAUAUAUAAAACAUAGAUGACUUCUUUGUGAUGUAA